AUGAAAACAGUGGCGGCAACGGCAGAGCCCACCGGACGGGCAUCGGGAACCCGGGACGAGCAUCAGCCGAUGGCUCUCUCUGACCAGCGUGCACUGCUCGCCUCCGAUAAUGAGGCAACCCCGAAGAGCUGCGGCUGGGGCCGCGUCGAGCCGGAGUGCCUACAGAGCCUGCGCACACCACCCUGGGCCCUGGCCGCCUUCUGCUCGGCCGGCUUCCUUCAGGGACUGGCCAUCAACGGCUACAUUCCUGUCGUGCUGCCCACCAUCGAGAGGCGCUUUCAGAUGCGCAGCAUCCAGGCCGGCAGCAUCGUCAGCAUGUACAACGUGGGCUCGCUCUUAUGCAGCACUCCUGUGGCUUACUUCGGAAACAGGCAGCACAAGCCCAGGUACAUGGCCAUCGGGACCAUCGUCAUGGCCACUGGCUCUCUCAUCUUCGCCAUACCCCACUUCUUGGUGCCGCCAUACCAGAGCUCUGACAUCAAGGACAUUUGUCCUAACUUACUAAAGUCAGACGAAUUCUGCGCCACGUCACCCACAAACUUGCCAGAGUACCGUUACUUCUUCAUGCUUGGCAAUUUUUUGCACGGCUGUGGUACGUCGCCUUUCUACACACUGGGCAUCGCUUACCUGGAUGACAACGUGCCUACCAAGACGUCGCCUGUUUAUCUGGGCAUUUAUUUCGCCAUGGCUCUCUUGGGGCCAGCUGUGGGCUUCCUUUCCGGGGGCUAUUUUUUAACCCUUUACACCGACAUCGCCAAAGACCCUAAGGAGGUCAAGUUGAACCGAUUUAGCAAAGUCUGGGUUGGUGCCUGGUGGAUGGGGUUUCUAGUGGCCGCAGCCCUUGCAUUCCUAGCCGCCAUUCCAAUUUUCGCACUUCCAAAAGAGCUUCCUGGCUAUCGCAGCGUCCGGGCCAUUAAAAAAAUUGAAGUUGACAAGAAUUUGCAAAGCAAGAUCAUGGAGGUGAAACACGAACAUUUUCUCGGAAUAAUCGCCAUGCUCCUUUCGAACCGUCCAUAUGUGCUGCUGACCAUGGCGGGUACUCUGGAAGCUAUGAUGGCUUCUGGACUUUCGGCGUUCAUCUCCAAGAUCCUGGAGGCUCAGUUUGGGCUGACGUCUUCGGCAUCUGCGACGAUAUUGGGCAAGUAG